CGGCUUUUACCGUCCGAAAGCGAAAGUGGAAAACAGAGCAAAUUGAAUCGGGCGAUGGACUUCAGCCGAGGUGCUGUAGCUUAAUUUUAAAAAAUCUAUUUCCCACUUUCUUACGUUACCUUCACUAACUAAUGUAGGCUAUGUUCCAGCUACAUUAACACUAUUCUCGCCGACAUGAACAUUCAUCGCACUGCAGGUCGGGAAGCAGAGCGCUUGGAAGUGCUGCAUAAGAUCGAUUCGGAGCUUGAUUCAAACGAUGUGGCCGCGCUCAAGUUUCUGUGCAGGGACCUCGUACCGCAGAAACAUCUGGAGCGCGUUUGUGACGGAAGGGAUCUCUUCAUGCGGCUGAAGGACCAAGGGCUCCUGGAAGACGGUUUUCUGGGAGAGCUGUUGCAUAUAAUACGACGCAUGGACCUGCUUCGAAAGCUGGGGAUCAACUGUGCUGAGAUCCAGGGCAGAAGGGCUACCAGAAUCUCUCCUUAUCGGAAGAUGCUAUAUAAUCUGUCUGAAGAAGUGACAGAGGAGAAUCUCAGAGCCAUUAAGUUCUUGUUGAAGCUCCCCAGGGGCAAAUUGGAGACCAGUGCGACUUUCUUGGAUGUGCUGGUUGCCAUGGAGAAACAGGAGCUGCUGAGAGAGGACUCUCUGGAGGUGCUGCAGAAUGUGUUUGACUCGUGUGACAAGCAGCUGGCCACAAGAGUGCGGGAGUUUGCAGAGCAGAGGGCAGACCUACCUUCUCCAGCAGAGGGCCAUAAUUUAAACCAUGCCCCAUGCCAGGAGUCAUCUGUGCCCAGCUACAUGGACAGUAGCCCUAGCCUUUCUCUCCCGGCUGAUGGCAGGCAACAGCCACCCACUUCAGUACAGCCGACCGAGAAUGCAUCUGUCCCAGAGCCGAGUCCCAGAGAUUUUCCCUCACGGACACCUAUGGACAGUCAACUAUCUGUGGACACCGUGCCAGAAUCCACGUGUGAGGAGGUUUAUGACAUGAGGCGUCAACCGCGAGGCCACUGCAUCAUCAUCAACAACUACGACUUUGGGGAGGCCUCGAGAAAACACCCGGAACUGAACCUGGGAAAGCGUGACGGCACAGACAGAGAUGCAAGGGCCCUGGACGAGGUGUUCUCGAGGCUGCACUUCACGGUGCAUCACCGCAGGGACCUGGGUGAGGCAGAGCUGCUGGCGGCGGUGGAGGAGUUUGGCAGGCUGAGGCAUGGCCAACUGGACGCCUUCGCGUGCUGCGUGCUCUCGCACGGGAAGAAGGGCGCGGUGUACGGCACGGACGGAGGCGCGGUGCCCAUCCGCCAGCUCACCCAGCCCUUCACCAGCAGCCGCUGCCCCUCGCUGGCCGGGAAGCCCAAGCUCUUCUUCAUCCAGGCCUGCCAGGCGCAGGACGAGGAGCCGCCCGCCCGGGCCGACGGGCCAGAGGACCCCUACGACACCGAUGCCGGCCCCGUGGGGCCCGACACCAUCCCCAACGACUCGGACUUCCUGCUGGGAAUGGCCACUGUGGAGGACCGCAAGUCCUAUCGCCACACCUACAGGGGCUCCGCCUUCAUCCAGGAGCUCUGCGAGCAGCUCAAGUGGGGCUGUCCCAGGGAAGAAGACAUCCUGUCGAUCAUGACCAGAGUGAAUCGAAAGGUGAGCAGCACAAGUUUAGGAAAGUUCAAGCAGAUGCCAGAACCCCGGUACACACUGACCAAGAAGCUGAUCAUGUCCAUGGACUGAGAUGCACUGUGCCCUCCACGCCUGCCAUCAGACACAGUGCCCCGUCCUUCAGAAGCUCAGAGACCAUUGUGCUGUGGCCUGACCAUUGGAAGGAGCAGCUUUUAUCCAUCACAUGAUCAGUGCUUUCACCUGUGUACUUUUUAAAGGACUGGACAUAUUUUGCAGUUUUAUAAAAAAAAAUGUAUCUUGAAUCUUGGUGGGCAUUUUUAUGCCCAAUUAAAAGCAAAUUAUUAUA